UGCAUUUCCAAAUCCCCCAAAUGACCGUAACAAGACCCAUGUUAUCGCAUUGGAAUAACAAGCCCUAUGCUAGAACGUAGGGCCGGCUUACGCAUAAGCUGCGCAUUCGUCCUGCGCUUCAUGAGAUAGGUUGGCUCAAUUCCACGGACCCAUGCGACUCCAAUUGUAUCUCCUGUGACUAGAACGAGCGAGCCGCCCGGUGUCAACACGACCGAACUUCUAUAUAACAGUGAGGCUUGUUGCCGGAUGAAUCUAUCUCGGUCCCUCCACUCGUCAUGUUCGGACCCUAUGUAGCUUCGCUUGUUCACUUGGUAUUGCGACUCUCGAGCAUCUUUCACCCGGAUUCCUUUUCGGAAUCACGCCAGUCUGCAUGUGCGUCCUUCGCGCUUCAGGACGUACCCGACGUGAAAGUCUCUGACGUCAAGUACUAUCCCGCGCAUGCGAAGAUCAACAUAUCGAACACGAACUCGCAUCUCGAUGUGGACGACCUUCCCGCGUUUUGCCGUCUCGAGGUCGAAAUUACCACAAACGCGACUGCCCAGUCCAAGUGCAAGACGGAAAUCUGGCUGCCGGAUGACUGGAACGGGCGAUAUCUGGCGGUCGGCAAUGGCGGCUUGGCCGGCGGUGUGAUGGUAUCUGAGCUGGGUUAUGUAGCAAUCGCUCAAGGCUCGAACGCAAUUAUUGAUUGGGGCUGGCGUGCGCUACAUCUCAGCGUGGUGAAGGGGAAGGAUAUCAUCAAGCAGUAUUAUGGCCAGGCACAGAGCAAAUCUUACUUCAUGGGAUGCUCUACAGGCGCGUGCAUUCCACUCAAGGAAGUGCAGACCUUCCCAGAGGACUUCGACGGAGUUAUAGUAGGAUCUCCUGCAAACUGGCAUACCCACCUGCAAGCCUGGGCUGUGCAUAUGCAUCUCGAUGUCCAACCAGCCAGCUCGCCCACGUUCAUCAAUGCUUCUUUAUGGACCGAUGUCAUCCAUCCCGAGGUGCUCAAACAGUGCGAUGCCAUAGACGGGCUUGCAGACGGAAUCACCAACGACCCUAGGUUUUGCAAUUUCCGGCCAGAGACAUUGACCUGUCGCCCAGGCCAGAAUACCUCGACCUGCCUGACUCUUCCACAGAUAGAGGCCCUCCGCCGCGUCUACGCUGAUUACUAUGAAGCGAACCAGACGUACAUAUUUGGCAGGUACUAUCCCGGAGGAGAGGACAGGUACCCUAGUGCAUACAUGAAUGCGGACGCAUUCGCCCUCAGUAGAGAUUGGUUCAGGUAUUUUGUGCUGAACAAUACGGAGUGGAACAUCGACCAGUACAAUCCUUCUCUUAUCUCUUUAGCUGACGAAAUUGACCCUGGUCAAGCGAAUGCAAUCAACCCUAAUUUAACUGCUUUCGCCGGACCGGAGCACAACGGCAAGCUGUUGCACUACAUGGGCUGGGCAGACCAGCUCAUCAGCCCGGGAAACUCCAUAUAUUACUACGAGAACGUCCUAGCAUAUACUCGAGCGAACACGGAUAUGGAUGUUGACGACUUCUACCGCCUGUUUACCGUUCCCGGGAUGGACCACUGUGCCGGAGGCAAUGGCGCAAAUGCCUUCGGAGCCGUUUAUCAGGCAUCAGACAGGAUGCCGCCUAUCUCCAAUAUACCGCAGUAUAACAUCCUAGCAGCGAUGGUGAAUUGGGUGGAAGAAGGAAGCGCUCCCUCCUCGCUGGAAGCAGUGCACUACGAGGGCAACAACGUGGCGAACGGGGUGACUUUGAGGCGACCACUGUGUCAAUAUCCCAAGAGUCUGCGGUAUAUUGAUGAUGGCAAAAAGCCUGGAUUCGCCUGUGUUUGAUGGAUGAUCGAUUGAUGAUUCGUGUGAAGUAUUACUGUGUAUCUUUGGCCUUUCAAGAGGAUUUAAAUGAUACCCCGUGACUGCUCGUGUUAUUUACGCGGUCAGUCUGUAAUUAGACCUUUCAUGGGCCAUCGGGCCACACAUUUGAACAAGAUGCCGUUUUCCGUUUGAUUGAUUCAUUUGACUCGGCAUCUGAAAUAUGAUGGCCUAUGCACACUUUUCA